AUGUCUACAACAACUACCAUUGAACCUACUAAAAAAGAAUCUCUAGGUAUUUCAGCUGCUCUUAUACUCAGUCUUGUCGGUUUGACACUUCUUCUUGUUAUUGCGGUAUUAAUUAAACGGGAAAUUCGCCGUGGGGAUGUAAAAUCCAAACGUGAUGGGCAUUUUUGGCAUUGUAAUUUUUUCAAAAAAUACAACGAUGCAAGAUUACCUAAAGAUGGAAAAAUAUCUGCUAAGGUUCGACCACAAUGGCUUCUUGUUGGUCAUCAUGAACUACCUGCUCACUACUACACAAAAGAUGAGUGUCCGCAAUACAUUGCUCGAAUGUUUCUGGUCGAUCUUUACACUGUCUUACAAUACACUUGUCGCGAAACGUUCUCUGAUCUGGAUACUGGUGCAUCUUUUGAAUCUUAUAUAAUUAACAAUUAUCCAGCAUUGAAUGAAACGAUUCAUCUGUUUCGAAAAUUGAAAAUACGCGCAGAAGUUGAUCUAGUCCCAUUUACACUCGAUGAUACAAAGGAGGGAGUUCGACUGUUCAAUCAGUUAUUACAAAAACUUGCAGAAUAUGUUAGUAAUCCAUACCUUCGUCAACGUGAAAUUGAUUUGUCGCUCUUCGCUCAAAAAACUGAACAAGAAAUGAAAACGAGUUCACGAUAUAUCCCAUUACUUCCAAAAGAUUUGUGUCAAAUACCAUUGCGACAAAUCGAUGCCGAUUCAUUGGGAAAUAUGAACAAACGAUCACGAUCAAAAGGUCGAUUUCCUUUCCAUUUGCCUUCGUUUCUGAAUAAACGACGAUUCUUUUCAACAAAAUCAUCGUCAGCACCGACGCAAUCAUCCAAAAAUCGAACUGAGCUCUGUACGAAUCCGGAAACACUCAUCGAAGACAAUGAAUACAGUAGUGCGUCUAUCGAAAAUCCUUCAGGAAAGGCAAGUCGACAACGAAUAAAACGGCAAGCCGCUACAGAUUCUAUCCCAUUGGUCGAAUUUCACGAUGCACUUUCUCAUUCUACAACAUUCGGUUCGGACAAUGAACAAUAUUCUUAA